AGAUUUUGGCGGACUUUGAUGGCCACAAAUGCAGCACUACUCCAAGUAAUUUCCAAUUUGAUUAUUGGAAUUGAAGUCAUAUCCAACUUAAAACCCUAAUGCUUCCCUCUCGAACUCUGCGCUCAUUCCUCCAUGUAAACUCAUCUCGAACCUCUCGUUGCUUUAACGCUGCGUUCCACACCUCAACGGACACAGCAGUCUUGAAAUCAGAAGAAGAAGGCAGUCAUGGAAACUCAGAUUUGGAUAGCGAUGAGUUAUCCAGAAUUCGCUUUGAAUUCAAUGCCGCCAAACAGAAUUUUCUCAAGGUUCCCCAUGCCCUCCAAGGAAUGCCCAAAAUGAAUCCUGAAGGUAUUUAUGUUAAUAAGAACGUGAGGCUGGAUACAAUCCAGGUUUAUGGGUUUGAUUAUGACUAUACUCUGGCACACUACUCCUCUCAUUUACAGAAUUUGAUUUAUGAUCUUGCGAAGGAGCAUAUGGUUAAUGAGUUUAGGUAUCCUGAAAUUUGUAUCAAUUUUCAAUAUGAUCCAACUUUUCCCAUUAGAGGCCUCUACUAUGACAGGAAGCAUGGCUGUCUUCUCAAGUUGGAUUUUUUCGGGUCAAUUGAGCUCGAUGGAUGCUACUAUGGCCGCCGUAAGCUUAAUCUGAAGGAAAUAAACCAGAUAUAUGGCACUCGACAUAUUGGUCGCGACCAAGCACGUGGGCUUGUUGGUUUGAUGGAUUUCUUUUGCUUUAGUGAGGCAUGCCUUAUUGCAGACGUAGUACAGCAUUUUGUUGAUGCUAAGCUGGAAUUUGAUGCCUCAUACAUAUAUCAAGAUGUAAAUCUUGCAAUCCAGCAUGUUCAUCGAAGUGGGUUGGCUCACAGAGGAAUUCUUCUCGAUCCACAUAAAUAUCUUGUAAAAAAUGAUCAAUUACUUCGCUUUCUUAGGACCCUGAAAGAGAAAGGGAAGAAGCUUUUUUUGUUGACCAACUCUCCAUUUUAUUUUGUGAAUGGCGGCAUGCAAUUUCUGUUGGAGGAUUCUGUGGGUUGCAGAGACUCAUGGAAGGAACUUUUUGAUGUUGUAAUUGCUAAAGCCAAUAAGCCAGAGUUCUAUACAUCUGAGCAUCCAUUCCGCUGUUAUGACACAGAAAAGGACACCCUAGAAUUUAUGAAGGUGGAUGAGUUUGUUCCUAAUAAAAUUUAUUACCAUGGAUGCCUCAAAUCCUUUCUUCAGAUCACAAAGUGGAAUGGUCCAGAGGUGAUAUACUUUGGUGAUCACCUGUUCAGUGACCUGAGGGGGCCUUCAAAGGCUGGUUGGCGCACUGCUGCUAUCAUCCAUGAACUAGAGAAUGAAAUACGUAUACAAAAUGACGACAGUUAUCGUUUUGAGCAGGCAAAAUUUCAUAUUAUACAAGAACUGCUUGGAAAAUUGCAUUCAACUGUAGGUGACGGUAAGGGAAGCAAAAGAUACCGCAUGCUUUUUGAGGAGCUAAAUGUGGAGAGGCACAAGGCACGGCAGGUGAUGAAGGAAAUGUUUAACAAAUCGUUUGGAGCCACUUUCCUGACAGACACAGGUCAAGAAUCUGCUUUUGCGUAUCACAUCCACCAGUAUGCUGAUGUCUAUACUAGCAAGCCUGAGAACUUUUUGCUUUACCCACCUGAAGCAUGGCUCCAUGCACCCUUUGAUAUUAAGAUCAUGCCGCAUCAUCUAAAGGUUCCAUCAAGCUUGUUCAAGAACCAAUAAAUUCGGAACUUGAAUAUGAUUCUUUUCUGUCAAUUUUAUCUUAUCUACACUUUUGAGGGUUUAAGUAAAGCAACAGCUUUGUAUCAAUAAUUCAUGGUUUCUUUCUGCCCUUUAAUGCGUCGGUAUAGGAGAAAAAUUUAGUUAGAUCAGAAUACUGCAAGACAAAUUCUAAAAAAAAAAAAUACAGGUGAAGCUGUCUCUAUAAAUAAUAGUUGAGUUGCACCUUCCAUUGCAUUUUGCUACGCAUUGUGAUAUUCAAUAUCUUGAAAUCGUUAAUAUUGCAGGUGCAGAUUCUAUGAA